ACACUCGAGAAAGAAUUUGCCAUCCAUGAACUUUGCAGGUGAGCGAUGCGAGCGACUCUAAAGUGCCCCAGCGGCUCCAGGGUGAGGACAAGCUCCGAUGAAUGGACCGCAGAAUGUUUUCUGGUGAGGCUGGUCUGAAUUACAGCUUUAACCUGAGCGAUGACCAGGAGCUGUUGGACCCGCCGGCGGUCAGAGGGUCCCUCUCCCCGACGGGCUUCGUGGUGCUCUCCGUCGUGCUGGGCUUCAUCAUGACUUUUGGCUUCCUCAACAACUUCGUCGUGUUGCUACUGUUCUGCAAAUUCAAGAAGCUGCGGACACCGGUGAACAUGCUGCUGCUCAACAUCAGUAUCAGUGACAUGCUGGUGUGCGUGUUCGGCACCACCCUCAGCUUCGCCUCCAGUAUUCGAGGAAAGUGGCUGCUAGGGCGCAGCGGCUGCAGCUGGUACGGCUUCAUCAACUCCUGCUUUGGUAUCGUGUCGCUGAUCUCUCUGGUGAUACUCUCGUACGACCGCUAUAGCACUCUGACAGUUUACAACAAGCGUGGGCCGAACUACCGCAAACCCCUGCUGGCUGUCGGGGGCUCUUGGCUUUACUCCUUGUUCUGGACAGUGCCCCCUCUACUGGGUUGGAGCAGCUAUGGGAUUGAGGGGGCAGGGACGAGCUGCUCUGUAUCCUGGACGUCUCAGACGGUCCAGUCACACGCCUACAUCAUCUGUCUUUUCACCUUCUGCUUGGGUCUACCUAUCCUGGUGAUGAUCUACUGCUAUGGUAGGCUGCUCUGGGCAGUCAAACAGGUGGGUAAGGUCCGUAAGACAGCGGCCCGGAGGCGAGAGUACCACAUACUGUUUAUGGUUCUGACCACGGCCGCCUGCUACAUGCUGUGCUGGAUGCCUUAUGGUAUCGUGGCCAUGAUGGCGACGUUCGGCCCACCCAACAUCAUCAGUCCCGUGGCCAGCGUGGUGCCCUCGCUACUGGCCAAGAGCAGCACGGUCAUCAACCCUCUCAUUUAUAUACUUAUGAAUAAACAGUUCUACAGAUGUUUCCUGAUUCUAUUUCACUGUAAACACUGGUCAUCGGAGAACGGCAACAUCUCCGUUCCCUCCAAGACCACGGUGAUCCAGCUCAACCGCAGGGUCUACAGCAACACGGUGGCCUGCACGGUGCAGAUCUCCACAGACGCCAUCAACCAGGGCUGCAGCACGACGGCUACCAAGCAGACCACACCCCCCGGGGUUAGGACCUGAUCCUGGAUACCCUCGAUACAACAAAACAUCACACACUGUCACCAUGAAGCAUGAAAAACUGCACUUACAGCGUGAAACAAAGUGAAAUGUGAAUGCAUUUAGACAGUAAAUGUGCUUAGUGUGAGCUUGUGUUGUACAGUACAGAAUAUUUUUUUCGUUUGUGUUUUUAUACACGUGAAGUUUUUUCAUAAUUUUUAUGAAAUUGCCUGUAAAUUUUCUUUAGUAUCUGCUAAGCACAUUUGCUGUAUAUAACAGAAAGAGGGUACAAAAUUGUGUUUCUACACACAUUUCAAAGCUUUGAUGGUUCAUAAUGUUUUUUUGUUUUUUUUUAAGAUUAAUCCUGUUGCACCACAUCAGGUUUCAAAUAAUUUGUUUUUAUUUCUUUCAAACCUCAACAUUUUUAUCAUUUCUAUCAUUUCAAAUAUAUAUUUUACAGUAGCUAAAUUAUUUUCUUUAAAUCCAGGAUGCGUUUUGUGUGCAAUUCAUCCUUUCCACAGAGCAAAAACCCUAUGUUUAUUCUCUGUUGCUGUUCAGUCAAUUCAUCGAUGUGCUGCUGUAAAUGCCAAGGCUAGUCAAUCAUAGAUUUGUGCUGCAAUCAGUGUUUAAGUGGAUUGAUGUAUUUGUCGUGAAACGUCCAUCUUUUCUGCCUCUUCCUCGAACAUCUAUGCCGCUCUGACUGUAAAUACCCAGAAGCUCUCCCAUAAAGACCUGCGGCUGUCUUUAAGUCUGUGUAUCUUACUGCAAAGGUAAUCAUUCUGCAUGUAGCCAGUAAUGCUUUUUAUUUAUAUUUGUGUGUUUGUUACCAGUCUUUUGCUAAGAUUACUUUGUGCUGCAUGAUUUUUUUCGUGCAUUCAUUUUAAGGGUACAUCAGAUUUCGUGGAGAGAGAAAGACAUUUACUUUAAGGAGCUCUACCCUCUGUAGCAGGGACUGGUCACAUCUUCAGUGUUACUGGGGAGAGGAUGAACUGUGGCCGACAGACUGGAGGCAUUGGGCGGGCUUCCAUUGUGGGCUCACAUGAAAGGGGGGCGGUGCCAAUUGACUCCGCUAUCAUCUACUUUGAGUUUCUCUUAUCAAAGGAGGAGAGAGAUCCAUUGGGUGAAGAUGUGAUAAGUCACUACAGGUGUAAACACCUAUGGGUGUCAAACGCUACAGCCCCAGAUGGUUUAUAGCCUUGUCAUCUGUCAUUCCUGUCAUUCAUUACAGCUCUUGUUGUUUUUCAAAACCUAUUUUCGAUCCUGUGUGUGUCAAGCUGCGGAGACUGUUGACAGAUUAGUCGUUACACACACGGCCAACUGUGAGGACGACACAAUGACUUUCAUGACGCACUACUCGUGCCGGAGAUGCAGCCGCAAAAAAGGGCAAAGAAGAAGAGGAAAUGCAAACAGAGCGGUUUUGGCACUGGCUUGUUUUCUCCAGGGGGCACUGCUUCAGACUUGCGCACCCUUUUUUUGUCCUCCUUGACAGGGUGGUCACAGAUUCCAUUGUUUCCUGCGGUUUUUACAUGUCUUGUCUUUUCCUAUAUUCUCUCUCCCUCCAGGACCCAUCUGGGAAUCACUAUGCUCCCCCAAUAGUGACAGUCUAUAGAGAUGUCUGUAGAGAUGGACCUGAUCACAUGACAUGCCACUAAACGAGAGCUGCAUGCU